CGACCUUUGCUGCAGCGUUUUGUAAACAUUAGCCAUCAUGGCUCAAAAAUGUUGCUGAAGAUUGGUUUUUCCGGGAAUUUCCGGACGCGAGCAGCUAGUGCGAGUAAAAGAUCUUUCCAUUGUGCCUUCACCAUGGCAUUGAGCCGCUUCGAGUAUGUGAAGCAGUUCGAACAGGAAGACAAACUGCUGCCCAACUCAUGGAUCGUCGUUCGGAUCGAUGGCAAGGGGUUUCACCGGUUCUGCGAAGUGCACAAGUUUGCCAAACCAAACGAUCUCGAUGCUCUGCAACUGAUGAACAUGGCCGGCAUGAGCGUGAUGCAGGAGUUUAACGAGAUAGCGAUCGGGUACGGACAGAGCGAUGAGUAUUCGUUUGUGUUUCGCCGGGAAGCGAACGUGUACCAGCGGCGCAGGGAUAAGCUGAUCAGUUACGUGGCAAGCCUCUUCACGUCCGCCUACAUGUUCCACUGGAAUCGAAUCUUCGAACGAAGAUCCCUUUCCAUCUGCUAUCCGCCUUCGUUCGAUGCACGGGCCGUGCUCUAUCCGACCGACGAGAACCUGCGAGACUAUCUGAGCUGGCGGCAGGCCGAUGUCCAUGUGAACAAUCUAUACAAUACCACCUUCUGGAAUCUCGUGGCAUCCGGGUUGAGCAACUCGGAAGCCGAACGGGAGCUUCAGGGUACGCUGGCGAGCGAUAAGAAUGAGAUUCUGUUCUCAAAGUUUGGUAUUAACUACAACAAUGAACCGAUUAUGUACCGCAAGGGUACGAUUUUGCUACGAAAGCCGGUUAAGGUGGCGGAUAGUGUUAAGAAGCUUAUCGUUCCUAUUUUUGAGGAUCUUAUCAAUGACGAGUUUUGGGUGAGGCAUCCAGAAAUUCUCGACAAAAAGUCGACGACGACAAAAGGCGAGGAUGCCGUACUUCAGCUGUCGGGACUAGAGGAGCAACCGAUCGUUAGCUACCAGCUGGAAGUACUUCAGCGGAAAAAAGCCGGAAUAGCCGAAGCGAGCGCUCGAAGCAGUUUACCGAGUAAAUAAAGGCUGGUGGGCCCGGAACUGAACGA